UGCCUGAAGGGUUUUGGUGCUGCUAGCUAGCUAGUCAGAUGUUCUCCAAAUCAAACAUGGCGUCUUUCGUGACAGAAGUCCUUGCUAGUUCUGGUAAACUUGAAAAAGAAGACCUCGCUGCUAAAAUUAGCAAGCUAUCACGGAAAGUAGAGGAAACUAAGGAAGAGGUAUGUGACAUGAUCAACAAGAGAUACAAUGAGUUUCUACCCAGCAUGCAGGGGGCAGAGGUACUCAUGGGACAGGCUGAAGAGGUUUCUAAAGAAAUUGAUGUCCUCAAAAGCUGCAUUGAGACAGAGGUGCAGCAGAAUCUACAUACAGCCGUGACGGAAUAUGCCAAGCUAAAGCAGCAGCUGGAGAGAAACACUACUGUCAUUGCCAUGCUCAGGCACCUAGAAGAGUUUCACAUUGCAAUGGAGGAGUUUCACAAAGCCCUACUUGAGAAGAAGUAUGUAAUUGCGGCCAAACAGUUAGAAAAGGCCCGGCACAGUGCAGACUCUCUGAAGGCGUGGAAAGGCUCUGACCUGCCCCUGCUGAGAGCACUCAGCUCAGAGCUCACUGUCCAGAGAGAGAACCUCAUCUACCAUCUGGGGAAUGAGUGGAAGAGACUGGCCGUCUGGAAACUGCCUCCUUCCAAAGGCGGUAAAUUGCACUUCAUUCAUGCCACCAAAGACACUGGUUCUGUGUGUCCAUCCAUCCUCUCAGAGCCGACGGAGAUGAAGUCGUUCCUGAAGACGGAGCUCCAGCUGACCCUGGGCGGGACCAAGGAGCCCCAGCAGAGCCCUCCGCCUCUGCUCUCCUGUGUCCUCCAGGCCCUGACCAUCCAGGGGGAACUACAACACAAGAUCAAACUCUUCAGCCAGGUGCUGCUGAAGUACCUGCUGAAGCCCCUAAUCACGUACCCCUCUCUGAACGUGGAGGUGUCGGAGCAGCAAGGUGAGGGCACCCUGAUAUCUCUCCAGUUUGCCGAGACCCCCGAGGAGCACCCCAGCCCCUCACAGGUCUACAUCAAAGUCCUGAUGGUACUCAAGACCUUACACACACACCUGCUAGAUGUAUCAGUUGGUGAGAGAAAAGUGUCUGUGAUACUCGGAGACCUGGUAUGGCAGGAGAUGUCACAUUGCAUCAUCCAUGAGUGCCUCCUGUACUCCAUCCCAACCAAUAGCUGCCAGCUUGAACAGUACAGUGCAGUGAUCAAAGAGACGGAGGAGUUUGAGAAGUCCUUGAAGGAGAUGCAGUACCUCCGAGGAGACUCCACCGAGCUGCUCAAGUAUGCCCAGGACGUCAACUGCCACUUUGCCAGCAAGAAAUGCAAAGACGUGAUCGUGGCGGCACGCAAGCUGAUGACCUCCGAGAUGCACAACACCGUCAAAAUCAACCAAGAUUCUAAGCUUUCUGUCCCCAUGCUGCCCUACCCUGGCUCUGGAGACAUCAAGGGCAAGCAGGGGGCCAAGAAGCUUGAGGCGCCCAGGUUGGAUAACGAGAAGCAGCUGGGGGCGCGGACGCUGUGCCUGCCUGCGUGUCGCAUCAGUGAGUCGGUGCAGCAGCUGAUGGAGCUGGCCUUGCACACACUGUCCGAAGCUGUGGGAAGCUCCAGCCAAUGUGCUACCCAACUGUUCUUCACAGUGCGGAAUAUAUUCCAGCUAUUCUAUGAUGUUGUGCCUACAUACCAUAAAGAGAACCUGCUCAAGUUCCCACAUCUGGCGGCCAUCCAGCACAACAACUGCAUGUACAUCGCCCACCACCUGCUCACCCUGGGCCACCAGUUCAGUCCACACCUGCCUGGCCCCCUCAGUGAGGGUGCUGCCACCUUUGUGGACCUGGUGCCCGGCUUCAGGAAAUUGGGGGCUCAUUGCUUCCUGGCCCAUCUGAACGUCCAGAGAGCAGAGAUGCUGGAGCGUCUCUCCACCGCACGCAACUUCUCCAACCUGGAUGACGAGGAUAACUACUCUGCAGCCAGCAAGGCCGUUAGGCAGGUCAUCCAUCAGCUGAAAAGGCUGGGCACCGUCUGGCAAGACGUUCUGCCAGUCAACAUAUACUGUAAAGCCAUGGGGAUUCUCCUCAACACUGCCAUCUCAGAGCUGAUUGCCAAAAUCAUGAUGCUGGAGGAUAUCUCCACUGAAGAUGGGGAGCACCUACAAAUCCUCUGUCAGACCAUUAUCGAGGAAGGACCCCUGGUGUUCAUUCCACUGCCUGAGGAGAACAAGAACAAGAAGUACCAGGAGGAGGUACCCGUUUACGUGAAGAAGUGGAUCACCUUCAAGGAGCUGGUCAUAGUGCUGCAAGCUAACCUGCAGGAGAUAGUCGACAGGUGGGCGGAGGGGAAAGGGCCACUGGCGCUGGAGUUCUCUAGUUCCGAUAUGAAGAGCCUAAUCCGAGCUUUGUUCCAGAACACUGAGAGGCGGGCGGUGGCUCUCACCAAAAUCAAAUAGACUCUCCUUUGCUCUCUUGCUUCCAACAAACGACCCCAAUAAGCUGUACCACUUUCCUUCACUGCUGUGGAAAACAGUGUUCAUUAAUGUCUUUGUUUAAGCUUAGUUGUGAAUUUAAAUGCAAUAUAUGCCAUUGUAUAUCAUAAAACAGGAUUUCAAAUACAA